CCUUUUUCUUUCUCAUUCAGUGUUUACUUUUUGUUUGUUCAUUUUACUUUUUCUCAGUCUUUUAUCCCUUUUGUUUAAUCCCAUUUUCUAAUCAAAUUAAUCACAAAUCAUGACACUCAAUCCUAAUUACGCUGAGAUUGGAAAAAAUUUCGUUCAACAAUAUUACACCUUAUUCGAUGAUCCCAAUUUGAGAGCCGGUAUCCUCCCUCUCUAUUCGGAAACCAAUUCUCUGAUGACAUUUGAGGGAGAACAGCUUUUGGGUCGAGUUAAAAUAAUGGAAAAAUUACAAGGAUUAACAUUCAAGACAAUAAAACAUGUUGUUACCACCGUUGAUUGUCAGCCAACCUUUGAUGGAGGUGUUUUAAUUGUUGUUCUUGGUCAACUUAAAACAGAUGAUGAUCCACCUCACACCUUUAACCAGGUUUUUGUCUUAAAGCCUCUCGGAGAUUCAUUCUUUGUGGAACAUGAUAUUUUCAAACUUGCCUUACAUAUGUGAAAAGAAACUCUUAAUGCUUUUUUUUGUGGUAAAACAAACAAAAAACUAAUCGUUUUUCAUCAAAAACAAAAAUUCGAUUCAUCAUCUUAUUGGUGAAUGUCAUGAGAGUUUCAUUGAUAUUAAAUCUUAUUGAUGAAUAAAUCUACUAUUUCAUUAA